CCUCUUCAGGGUUUUGCCCUAACCCUAGAAAUCCAGCCAUCACAGCAGCUCUCUCGGACCUCGAUCGCCGCCGCGAAGGAGGAGCAGGAGCAGCAGCCAUGUCUCUGGUGGCGAACGAGGAUUUUCAGCACAUUCUUCGUGUGCUGAACACCAAUGUCGAUGGGAAGCAGAAGAUCAUGUUCGCCUUGACGUCCAUCAAGGGUAUUGGUCGCCGCUUCGCCAACAUCGUCUGCAAGAAGGCGGAUGUAGACAUGAACAAGCGUGCUGGUGAGCUUACGGCUGCGGAGCUGGAGAACCUAAUGACCAUUGUUGCCAAUCCGCGUCAGUUCAAGAUUCCCGACUGGUUCUUGAACAGGAAGAAGGAUUACAAGGACGGGAGGUACUCCCAGGUGGUCUCUAACGCCCUUGACAUGAAGCUUCGUGAUGAUCUCGAGCGUCUCAAGAAGAUCAGGAACCAUAGGGGUUUGAGGCACUACUGGGGCCUUCGAGUUCGUGGUCAGCACACCAAGACAACAGGCAGGAGGGGAAAGACUGUUGGUGUUUCAAAGAAGAGAUAAACACCUUUCUACUUUUCAAGAUGUAAUGUUUCACUUCUCUAUUUUUGAUCAACCUUAAGAACAUCCAGUGAUUGUUUUAUCAUUUAUUGUGUCCUAGAACCAUGACUUUGAGUAGCAAUUUUGAAGAGUAGUGAGACUGUUUCUAAUUGCUUCAUAAGUUCAUAUUUCAAAAUUACUGUGAACAUCUACUUUUA